UCCAGCUGUUUUGGAAGGUUCUAGAAUCUUUCAGCCACGAAGAACAAAGUGGCUUCGUCCGCUUCGCCUGGGGUCGCUCGCGGCUCCCCCCCAAGAACGCGUGGUACAAGAACAUGCAGAUCUCGCGCCGAAACGCAGGCGAAGAUUCCUUGCCCGCCAGCCACACGUGCUUCUUCUCGAUCGAGCUUCCGCCUUACCAGAGCGAAGCAGCCAUGCGCAAGGGGCUGUUGACAGCCAUCACGUAUGGGGCGGUGGGCAUUUUGAAUACGUAGGCUUCCCAAAGGCAAAGGAGACGGCAAACACAGAAAUCGGAAGUCCAGGAAAGCAUG